UUAUGGCUUUGCCUUUUAUGGACAAUGAUAAUACCAAAGGAUGUGACAAUAAUCAGCAAAAAAAAACUUUGACACUGUGAGGACUGUGCCAUUGCUUACCCUCUGCUUCCUGUAUUGAAGAGUUUCACCCUGACUGGCACAGAUUGAUACAGGCCCAGGUGUUUUCAGCAUCUACCUGUUUCUACCCUCCAUGGGUCUGUCAAGGCACCCCAAUGUGUCUUCAGCUGUCUCUACAAGAGGGAGGAAAGAUGAGAUGGACUGCUAUGAGAUCCUAAGUGUUCCCCAUGGUGCAUCUCAUGAUGAGAUUAAAAAGGCAUACAGAAGAAAGCUAAAGAAAUGGCAUCCUGACAAAAACCCUGAUAACAAAAAGGAAGCCGAAGAGAAGUCCAAGGAGAUCAUGGAAGCAUAUAAAAUGUUGACAAAUGAGAACAAGCACAUGCGUGAGUCUUCUCUCAAGGACAAAGAGAAAGAAGCUGAUGUGUCAUCUGCUCAUGAAAACUACAAGGACAAGACAAAAGUGGAGGAAUCCCACACCAAGCCAGACCAACUGAGUUCUCACGAAGAUGGCAAAUGCACUUCAAGGAACUCCAAAAACUCCUGUUCUGAAUAUGAUAACUCAUUGUUUGAAUCUGAUAUUGAGUCAUCAUGUUCAGAAGAUAAUUUCAGCCUUGAAUGUGAAGAUGCAUCCAAUGAAUCAAGUUCUGAGUCCAAUUCUGGACCUAUCAAGUCGGAUUCAGAGUCCAGCUUGCCGAACGAGUUUGAUUUCUGCUCCAAUAAUUUAAGUCCCAAGCCAAAUAAGUCCCUUCCUAUGAGUGUGUGCAUCAAGCACAACAGAACCCAUCAGGCAAAAGAAAACAAAUGGAGUCAUGGGAAAAAAGAUUUCCCAGUUAGGAAGCACAAAAGGCGCCGGGACAGGAAAAACAGACUACAGAGCAGGGAGAGAAACCCACCUGCUGUGAAAAGUGAGCAAUUUACCAAGAACAGAAAGUCCAGCAAAGAACCCCUUCCUGAGAACAAGGAGGGUUGCAGCGGGAAGAGAAAGGCCCAAACGGAGAAGAAUGGGGCCCACGCAGAAAAGAGCAAAACACAGAAUGAAAACUGGGAGACCCAUGGUGGGAAGACAAACCUCCCUAAAUUAAAAACCGAUUCACAUUAUGCAGAGGAGAAGUUCCAUACUGGGAAGAAAAAACACAAAAUUAGGAAUUCUGAGAUGCGUACCAAGAAGAAAGUUGAGAAAGAAAUGACUGAUGAUCCCCCUGGAAAAUGUGAAAUGCAGACCAAGAAGUCUAGAUCAAAAAAGAGCAGAUCUUAUCCAGAAAGUGAUUCUGACUCAGGAACGGAGCAGCAAACUGUGCAGAAAGGACGACCUUACAAACCAAAUUCAGGCAUUGGCAGCCCAUGCCUGAGACAUACUCGGAAGAAAACUGCUUCUCCAAACAAAGCAAAAGGGACCCUGAGUGAGAAGGCAGAGUUACAGUCCACAAAGAGUGAACCAAAACUGGGAAAGACAAGAUGUCUCCAAAAGAGAGAACUGCAAGUUGAGAGAAAUACGCUGCGUGUUGGGAAGAGUAUGGUGAAUGUCCACAAGGGACAGGUCCAAACGGAGAAGGGCAAGAUAAAGAUCCAAAUAAAUCAGUUGUAUCCUUUGAGGAGCAAUGCGAACACCCAGAAGAGGGAGUUGCACCCUAGGAGCAGCAUAAGACAUAUCGAAAAAAGUGAAUUACAUAAUGGGAGAGGUAACAAAGCCAUUUCGCUUCAUUGCAAAGAAUCUGCUAGUGAGAGCAAUGUACCAGCUUAUACAUGGAAAGUGCCAGCAACUGUCUGGUUUGGCCCAGCAGAAAAUGCAGCACACUUCCUCUUUGGGGAGACAGCAGAAUAUCCUGGUGGGCAAACGCCUCUGCUAAGUAAAAGGCGGACAUGUGGGCCGCAACAGCCCUUGCCUGGAAACCAGUGGGCAAAUAUCCAUACCUGGAACAAAAUUAACCAGAUAUAUCAAAAGAAGAAUUUUCUUCCGUAUAUCAACAGUCCACCUCAGAAUGGGAAGAACUGCCCCCCUUCAUAUGUAAGCAGUCAUGCUUCAGUCGCUAAUCCAGACGCCUCUGUUUCCUGUUCAAAAUGUUCCCAGUGUUGGUGCAAGUUUUUUCAACCAAACCCAUGAAAUCAGGCACUGGGUGCCUACCAUCGGUAAUUGCUUUAAUAUACACAAAUGAUCCAAUAAAGCAAGGACCAGGAACCCA